AUGGGGAUUAUACUUUCGAUUGUCUUCAACAAACACUUGUUGAUGGAAGCCACCAUUAAUGGGCUGCAACCGAUGAAAGGCUCGGUUAAGCAAAAUGUGCCUGUUCGAUGUUUUAAAACUCCAUUUGCUGUGUGCACUUCGAACAAUGUUACUCCGAAUGUUAUGCUAAUAAGGACCCUGAUACAGUCAACAGUUACCAUGCGAUGCCCUUUCUCCUUCGAACUCAACCACUCAAACAUAAAUGUUUACUGGUUCAGAGAAGGUAAAAAGAUGCUUCUCCAGGACGACAGCAGAGCACUCUUUCAUGUAAAGAGAGGGGGAGCCUACCUUCAUCUCUUCAAUGUGACUGUCCGGGACGCUGGAACAUAUUUCUGUGCAGUCAAAAAUCAGCAUCAAACGGUUGAUAACAAACCCUCUGCGCAACUUGAUGUCUACGCUUCACCAGCUCCCCUAAACAUUGUAUUGAUACGUUCCGAAGAUCCUUCAUCUGCUUCUUUCAAGCUGCAAUGCAGAACAUCUGGCUUUUAUCCGGAAUACUUUAACCUGACUUGGCACAGAAACGGGGCACAAAUCUUCACUGGAUUUAGAAAUGAAAAACAGGCAAAAGGCGAGGGACUUUAUGAAGUGGUCAGCUCUUUGGACAUACCAAAUAUACCGGAAAGUGACACAGUCUACAUGUGUCAUGUGUAUCACGUUUCAAGCGCAUUUCCAGCAAAUGCCAGCUGCACUGUGACGAAAGACGAUUUUGCCUCUAAAAUCAGUAUUCCUGUUGUUGCUGGAUGUUCCACUGGAGCACUUGCAAUUCUAUUGUGCACAGCGGCGAUUGUCAAGUGUCGUCUAUUCAUUAUAGCUAAAGGUUCAAAGGAAGAAACAAGAAAUCCUACUAAGCACAAAGAUGAGAGGAAACAAGAGACAGCUGAAGCCAGAUUAAUGUAUGCUGAUCUUAAACUGGUCCACUCAAAGGAUGCUAAAAUUCUUAAGCUCCAGGCUGAAAGCACAAUAUAUGCAGAGACCAAAGACAGCAUGGGAAAAAGCCAGCCAAACUAUGCUGCUCUGAAUUUGAAAGGUCCCAAGGUAACCUUGAAACCAGAACAGAAAACUGCAACUCCAUUGUAUGCAGCGGUGAAAAACAGCAGCCAAAUUUAGAGAUGUAUGGAUAAAAUCAAAUGGUAUUGGUAUUAUGUGUGGUUUGUAUCCAAUUCUGUCCGGUGCAGUUCUCUUUGUAGUCUUUCACUGCUUUCAAAAAGCCAUCAUUGACCUUUUAUCUUCCUUUAAUGACUCAUGAACCAACUCAAUUUUGCCACCAAACUUGCUUAAAAUGUAACAUUUGACUUAGCAACUGGCUUCAUUCAAAUUAUUAAACUCAUCGUUCUCUUAAACUCUCUGCUAUGUUUCA